AUGCAGAACGAGAAGCCCGGAAAACGCACGCGGGGCGGCCCUCAGGAUCACGUAUGCCCCGCGUGCGGAAAGAAGUUUCCCUUCUUGUCCAAGUUGAAGGACCACCUCAAGACGCAUUCUACCGAAAAGGUUCUCGGUUGUCAUCUCUGCUCGAAAAGGUUCAAACGAUCUCGCGAAGUCAAUGCACACCUCAAGUCGGUACAC